GAUGCGAUGUGCAGGCAUGAAGCCGCCGAGGCAAUUGGUGCACUGAACGAUGCAACCAGUUUACAACUGUUGAAGGAACGGAGGGAUGACCCAACCGAAGAAGAGGUUGUGCGUGAGACAUGUGAUAUUGCUGUUGAGCGCAUCGAAUGGGAGCACUCGGAUGGGCGCAGGCAGGAAAAGUUGAAACAGAGUGAUUUCGCUUCCAUCGACCCGGCACCGCCACUUGCAGAGGGUGCCGACACUCCUUCGAUCGAGCAACUUGAGAAGACUCUGCUCGACACAAAACUGCCACUCUUUAAGCGCUACAGAGCCAUGUUUGCGCUUCGAGAUCUUGCCUCACCACCGGAUCUUCCAACAGCUGUCCCAGCAGUUCACGCGCUUGCGAGUGGCUUCCACGAUCCCUCCGCGCUGUUCCGUCACGAAAUUGCAUUUGUCUUUGGACAACUCUCACACCCGGCAUCAAUACCAAGCCUCGUCGAGGCGCUCAGCAAUACGAGUGAGGCGAGCAUGGUGAGACACGAAGCCGCGGAGGCUUUGGGCAGUCUUGGCGAUGAAGAAGGCGUGGAAGAUGUCCUGAAGAAGUUCCUGAAUGAUCCUGAGCAGGUGGUGAGGGACAGCAUCAUCGUUGCGCUCGACAUGGCGGAGUUCGAGCGAACCGGCGAGACCGAAUAUGCCACGAUCCCUUCUCAAAUAGCUGUAGCAUAGUCGAUGAUUAAUUGGCAGGUGUCAGGUGUGUCGGCAAGUGCACUGUCAUGCGAAGCUUUCCAUGUAGAAUAAAGCAAAUUGAUUGGCUUGGAGCAUUUAAUUG